ACAGUCCAGUGACAGUAGCGCGUAUUGUUUCCUCCGUCUCCCAAGCCAGUUUGGUGGGUUCGCUCAACCUCCGGCAGCCUCAAAUUUCAAAAGACGCAGAAGGUCAUGCCAUUCGCAUCUUACCCCAGUUACGUUACUCUGUAUACUUAUUCACUAGCUAUUCGCUCUCUUCGAAGACUCGUCUCUGCAAAUAGGAAUCUCUCCAGCCUCUCUACAGCCGCUACAGAUAUGGAAAACAAUUCGUCUUGUACGCUGGUGCUCUGCGGGAAAUCGAGCUCUGAGAAGGAAGUAGCGAAAUCACUGAAGAACAAUAACUCUGUUAAACUUCCUGAUAUUAGCGAAGUAUCGAUGCUUUUGCAGGCAGAAAUGGAUGAUAAAGAAUCCAAAGAACAGUCUUUCAAUGUGGAAUUGUUCAUGAGUUCUCUUUCGACCGGUAGGUUUGGCAGGUUACUCAUUUGGUCCCCCCGCUUGCCAUCCACUCAAGACGUUGUGUCACGCAAUUUUGGCGAGCUUCCAAUUGGUACUGUUUGUGUAGCAGAUGUGCAAUACAAAGGAAGAGGCCGGUCAAAGAAUGUGUGGGAAUCUCCCGUAGGCUGCCUUCUAUUUUCUUUUACCGUGCAAAUGGAGGAUGGACGAACGGUGCCUAUGUUACAAUACGUAGUGUCUCUUGCAGUCACAGAGGCAAUAAAAGAUGUGUGUGACAGAAAUGGAUUACCGUAUCUUGACGUUAGAAUAAAGUGGCCAAAUGAUCUUUACCUAAAUGGCUUUAAAGUAGGAGGCAUUCUUUGCACCUCAGCUUAUAGAUCAAAGAAGUUCGACGUCAGUGCAGGUAUUGGUUUGAAUGUUGAUAACGGGAAACCAACAACAUGCUUGAAUGACAAGCUAAGAGAAUUGUCUGCUGCUGCAUGUCAAUUGAGAAGAGAAGACAUACUUGCAGCAUUUUUUAACAAGUUUGAGAACUUUUAUGACCUUUUCAUAAAUCAAGGAUUUCAAACACUUGAGGGGCUGUACUAUAAAACAUGGUUACAUAGUGGACAGAGAGUUAUAGUACAGGAAAACAAUGACGACCAAGUGGUGGAAAAUGUGGUUACAGUUCAGGGUUUAACAUCAUCAGGAUAUUUAUUAGCUAUUGCAGAAGACAAUCAACUGUGUGAGCUUCACCCUGAUGGCAAUAGUUUUGAUUUCUUCAAAGGACUAAUCAGAAGGAAACUUCAAUGAAGAUCUUUGUCUAGCUUUUUCCUCUGGAUACAGUUGUCAAGUUACAAAAUGGUUACCAUUAAAGAAUUGUUGCUAUCUAUAAUUUAUCCUUUUAUGCUGGCACUUAUUCAAUCUAUUGAAUUAUAUAGAAUACUAGAAUGGCAUUAGAGCUGUUUGAUUAUAAACGGGAAUGGUCUUCGAGUUGCUUGAUUCCAUUUACGGUUCUAGCACGCUCGAUUUAUAUACAGGUAGCUGUUAAUAAAGCAAUCCUUUGUGAUCCCUGAUGUGAACAUAUUGUAGUUCAAGAGAUUCACAGUUUUGAUGCAAAAAUGGAUUGUACUGCCUCUUA